CUCGUCUUGAAAGCCAUGGGAAGGAGCGUGUUGGAGCGUUGGAGCGGAGGGACGUUUUCCGGUCGUUUCGUCGUGGGAGGAACCGCGUUGGAGUGGACGAAAGUCGGCAGCGAAGGUUCUCGGGGUCUCUCAUCAAAACGGAAAGAAUACAUCCCUCAUAGCUGUCCGUUACACGCUUUCCAUAUGACCCCCGACAAUGGCAUAAAUUACCAAUUAUCUACCCAUGUUCUUAAGCAUCAACCCUUGGAGUUCGUCCAAACUAGAGUACUUGCCAUCCGUACCUUCACUCCCCGCCGGCUGCAAUCAGUUACAUCGGCGCAAAAUCUGGAUCGUUCAUCAUCAAAUGAAUGGAUGGGUUAUUUGAAAUCUGUUGCUGGAAUUCAGACGGAUGGCUCUCCCGUCAGUGGUGGUGGACUCAGUCAGAAUGGGAAGUUUAGCUAUGGAUAUGCAAGCUCUCCAGGGAAAAGGGCUUCUAUGGAAGACUUCUAUGAGACUAGAAUUGAUGGUGUUGAUGGAGAAAUUGUUGGCUUGUUUGGAGUGUUUGAUGGCCAUGGUGGUGCUCGAGCAGCAGAGUAUGUUAAACAAAAUCUCUUCAGCAAUUUGAUCAGGCACCCAAAGUUUAUUUCAGAUACCAAGUUGGCUAUAGCUGAUGCAUACAACCACACAGACUCAGAGUUUCUGAAAUCUGAGAAUAAUCAUAAUCGAGAUGCAGGGUCAACUGCUUCAACUGCUGUCCUCGUCGGGGACCGCCUGCUAGUUGCAAAUGUUGGUGACUCCAGGGCUGUAAUAUGUAGGGGAGGGAAUGCUAUAGCUGUCUCAAGGGAUCACAAGCCUGACCAAACAGAUGAGCGACAACGGAUUGAGGAUGCGGGAGGGUUUGUGAUGUGGGCUGGGACAUGGCGUGUUGGCGGUGUGCUUGCCGUUUCUCGUGCAUUUGGUGAUAGGCUCCUGAAGCAGUAUGUUGUCGCAGACCCUGAAAUUCAGGAGGAAGUGGUGGAUGGCGCUCUCGAAUUUCUCAUCCUUGCAAGUGAUGGAAUCUGGGAUGUCGUUUCAAAUGAGGAGGCUGUUGCCAUGAUCAAACCCAUAGAGAACCCCGAGCAGGCAGCAAAGAGACUGCUGGAGGAGGCUUAUCAGAGAGGAAGCACCGACAAUAUUACUUGCGUUGUCGUGCGUUUCUUAGGUUACCAUGAUAAGAAUGUUCUACUAGAGCAGCGGUAAAGCUUUCUGCUUGCUCCCGGCGAGUGUUGCUGUGCAAGGGCUUGGAAGUCAAAUAAGAAUUACCGCUCCUGCCUUUCUGAAAAAUCAGUACAUGAUAGACUUCAUAUGCAGAAAAGCUCGAGCCUGCUGCAAUAUAAUCAUCUCAUCUUUGUUAGCCUUUUAAUGGAAGUUGGUAUCUAACCUGACCAAAUUGCGUGGGAGCGGAAUAGUAGUGUUGCAUGGACUGUAAAGACUAAAAACUUGUUUUAACUGUAGUCUUGAGUCAAAUGUUUAGAUGCAUGUGAAGUUGUUAUAGAUGAUGAUGUUAAAUCAAAUCUUUGAAAGCUAUGGUCCUU